GGUCUGGUCGGAAUCAGCUGACUAAUCCGAGUUCAGUGUCGAUUCAGAUAGAGAAGCACGUUUUGAAUUAUUUUAGAUUCUGGCUGAUCGCUGUGAUAUAUUAAAAGGUAGAAUAAAAUGGACGAAAGCCAGGCUCUGUUUGUGGGCGAGGAUAACAAGUCUCGGUCAGUCUCUGUGGAUCUCCACCAUGACUCCUUGCUCCAGGUGGAGAUUUCGGACGCGGUCAGCGAGCGGGACAAGGUCAAGUUCACCGUCCACACCAAGACUAGCCUGCCUCGCUUCAAGAGAGCGGAGUUCUCCGUGGUCAGACAGCACGAGGAAUUCAUCUGGCUUCACGACACUUACCUGGAGAACGAGGACUACGCCGGGAUCAUCAUCCCUCCCGCGCCCCCCAAGCCAGAUUUCGAGGCGUCCCGAGAGAAGCUGCAGAAGCUGGGGGAGGGCGACGGUUCGAUGACCCGCGAGGAGUUCGCCAAGAUGAAGCAGGAACUGGAAGCGGAGUACCUGGCGAUCUUUAAGAAGACCGUGGCGAUGCACGAGGUGUUUCUACAGAGACUGGCAGCGCACCCUGUACUGAGGAGAGACCACAACUUCUACGUGUUCCUGGAGUACGACCAAGACCUGAGCGUACGAGGGAAGAACAAGAAGGAAAUCUUUGGCGGCUUCUUCAAGAACAUGGUGAAGACCGCCGACGAAGCCCUGAUUGCCAGCACGUCCGGCCUAAAGGAAGUGGACGAGUUCUUUGACCACGAGAGGACCUUCCUCCUGGAGUACCACGUCCGGGUGAAGGACGCCAGCAUGAAGGCUGACCGGAUGACCAGGUCACACAAAAAUGUAGCUGAAGGUUACAUCCCCAUUUCAUCUGUGUUGAGCAGCCUAGGGACCCAGGAAAGUAGCAUUGUCAACAGGAACUUUCUGAAACUUGCAGAGCUGUUUGAGAAACUCCGGAAGGUCGAGGGACGAGUGGCUUCGGACAAGGAUCUCAAACUCUCAGACCUGCUCCGAUACUACAUGAGAGACUCACAGGCUGCCAAGGACCUGCUGUACCGCCGGGUGCGCUCGCUGGCGGAUUAUGAGAACGCCAAUAAGGUCCUGGACAAGGCGCGCAUGAAGAACAAGGAGGUGAAGCAGGCAGAGGGGCACCAGCAGCUCUGCUGUCACAGAUUCGAGAAGCUCUCCGGAUCCGCCAAGCAAGAGCUAAUGGAUUUCAAGGUGAGGAGGGUGUCUGCCUUCAGGAAGAACCUGAUUGAACUGACAGAGCUGGAACUAAAGCACGCCAAGGCGAGUUUGCUGCUGCUGCGAAACUGUCUCAUCUCUCUGAAAAUGGAGCACUGACAGCCAGACAGCAUCCGGGACGGUCAGGCGAGGCGAGGAGAUUGUGUCGUCUUCCAUUUCGUUGUUACAAUUGUGGCGAUUAUUAUUAUUGUAAUAAUGAAUGUUAUUAUUGUUUGUUAUCUUUUUAUUACUUCACCUAACAUCCAUCUUAGCCUUGCAGUGCUCCCCUAAAUCUGCCCAGCACUUUCUCUUUCUGUCUUGAACCACUGAGCUCCUCAAACCCACUGCCUUCCACACUGCAGCCCAGCACCCUAACCACUGAGCUCCUCAAACCCACUGCCUUCCACACUGCAGCCCAGCACCCUAACCACUGAGCUCCUCAAACCCACUGCCUUCCACACUGCAGCCCAGCACCCUAACCACUGAGCUCCUCAAACCUGCUGCCUUCCACACUGCAGCCCAGCACCCUAACCACUGAGCUCCUCAAACCCACUGCCUUCCACGCUGCAGCCCAGCACCCUAACCACUGAGCUGCUCAUCUGUGCAUUGGGGACGAUCACACAGAGAUGCAAGGGUAUAUAUAUAUAUAUAUAUAUAUAUAUAUAUAUUUUAUUGCUCAAUUCUGGGUUAUGCAUUUAAUGACGUACCAUGUGUAUAAUGUAUGUAUGUAUUUAUGUAUGCAUAUAAUGAUGUGUCACAUGUAUAAUGUAUGUAUGCCUGUAAUGACGUAGCGUAUGUUGUAUGUAUGUUCAUGUUGUUACCUAUUCCAGAAGUGAAAUACUGACACACACCAAGCCCUGCUUAUCCAGUCACUGGAGAAAACCAUCUGAAUUAUAUAUAUAUAAUCAUAAUAAUUAAAAAAUAAUUCAAAUGACUACACCUGCCCUCCCAUCAG